AUGGCUAUCAACUAUCUGAUUCUGCUCUCGCGGCAAGGCAAAGUCAGGCUCGCGAAGUGGUUCACCACAUUAUCACCGAAGGAGAAGGCCAAGAUCAUUAAGGAUGUCUCCCAACUCGUACUGGCUCGGCGGACGAGGAUGUGCAAUUUCUUGGAGUACAAAGAUUCGAAGAUAGUCUAUCGACGUUAUGCAUCCCUCUUCUUCAUCGCAGGUUGUGCUUCGACCGAUAAUGAGCUCAUCACCCUCGAAAUCGUCCACCGAUAUGUCGAGCAGAUGGACAAGUACUAUGGCAAUGUGUGCGAGCUAGAUAUUAUCUUCAACUUCCAAAAGGCAUAUUUCAUCCUCGACGAGUUGCUGCUAGCAGGAGAAAUGCAGGAGAGCAGCAAGAAGAAUGUGCUCAGAGUAAUAUCAGCUCAAGACUCGAUAGAGGAUACUGAGGUCGAUGAAGAGGUCACGAAAAUCAUGUGA